ACACGUCAUAGCCCUAUGGUAGACCAGACCCGUACAGAGCCAGAGCGGAAACCCCUCCCGAAUCCCAGCUCCGGCAGCCGAGCAAAAGAAAAGAGGAAUACCAAGAAAUCAGGAGACAAGGAGAAAUAACUGGAGAAAAGAAACUAUCCUAAUCAAGAAAGAUGCAGAACUGAGGGUGACUAUCCAUCCUCCCGGCCCGGUGAAGUGUGAGACUAAAUAGCGUGUCGUGAGGAAAAGGGAAGAGGGACGAUGGGGUUCGGACGGGACCUGGGGAACUCCCACGAUGGGCUGUUGAAGCUGCAGGACUGGGAGCUGAAGCUGCUGGAGACAGUGAAGCGCUUCAUGACGCUACGGGUGAAGAGCGACAAGGAGUAUGCCUCUCUCCUCCUCAACAUCAGCCAGCAGGUGGACAAGCACGACAACUCCUCCCAGAUGGACUACAUCAGCAACGUCUCCAAGUCUUGGGCCCACAUGGUCCAGCAGACAGAACAGCUGAGUCAGAUCAUGAAGUGUCACGCGGAGGAGCUGAACUCUGGCCCUCUGCACAGACUCACUAUGAUGAUCAAAGACAAGCAGCAGGUUAAGAAGAGCUACCAGAGCAUCCACACACAGAUCGAGUCCGAGAUGAACAAGGUGACAAAAAGCGACCUAGAAAAGUUAAAAGGCACCUACAGACAAUUAACAAAGGAUGCCCACAGUGCCAAAGAAAAAUACAGAGACGCAAUGGUGAAAGGCAAGGAGCCGGAGAAGGCGAGGGAGCGUUACGACAAGGCCACCAUGAAGCUUCACAACCUCCACAACCAGUACGUGCUGGCGGUGCGGAGCGCCCAGCUCCACCAGGAGCACUACCACGACACCACGCUGCCCCUCCUGCUCGACUCCCUGCAGAAGAUGCAGGAGGAGAUGAUCAGUGCACUGAAGGGGAUUUUGGAGGAAUACAGUGAAAUAACCAGUCUCUUAACUGAUGAAAUAGUGAAAGUCCACAAAGAAAUCCACACCUCCAUCGACCAAAUUGAUCCUGUGUCAGAGUAUGAACACUUCAUUGAGGUUCACAGGUCUCCAGAAACCAAAGAACCAAAUGUAGAAUUUGACGUCUCACUGUUGGAGGAAACCGAGAAUCUUCAAGCAAACGAGAUCCUAUGGAACAAUUUGACUGCAGACAGUUUACAAGCGAUGCUGAAAUCCACAUCAGAUGAGCUGGGCCUCACUCAGCAGAGCCUACGCACCAAGGAGGAUCUCAUGCAAGACUUGGAAAACAAGCUUGAUGAGUCCACCAAAACAUGUGAAAAGAAGUCUGAUGUGGUGCUGCUGCUCAGUCAGAAGCAGUCUUUGGAGGAGCUGAGGCAAACGGUCCAGUUGUUACGCUGCACAGAAGCCAAGCUGGGCGCCCAGAAGGACCUGCUUGACCACAAGAUGCAGGAGAACGAGGGCAAGGAGCCUCCCCCCAUGGUCAACUACGAGGACGACGCGCGCUCCGUCAACUCCAUGGACAAAGGCAAAGACAGGACAUCAAAGUUUGACACCUUGCGUCAUUCCUUAGCCGGCAUCCUCCGCUCUCCCAAAUCAGUCCUUGGCUCAUCAUCGUUUUUCGACGUGAUCCCAACUAGUGAGAAGCCCCUGGGGGACCAGGAGUGGUACCAUGGGGCCAUCCCCAGGACCGAGGCCCAGGAGCUGCUCAAAGAGCAGGGAGACUUCCUGGUCCGGGAGAGCCACGGCAAGCCUGGCGAGUACGUCCUGUCUGUGUUCUCAGAGGGACAGCGGAGACACUUCAUCAUCCAGUUUGCAGACAACCAGUAUCGUUUUGAAGGCACUGGCUUCCCGACCAUUCCUCAGUUAAUUGAACACCAUUACACUUCAAAGCAAGUUAUUACCAAGAAGUCUGGGGUGGUGCUUUUAAACCCAGUCGUCAAGGAUAAAAAAUGGAUACUCAACCAUGAGGAUGUUACUCUUGGAGAGCUUCUUGGCAAAGGCAACUUUGGUGAGGUAUUUAAAGGAACAUUGCGGGACAAGACUCCUGUGGCAGUCAAAACAUGUAAAGAGGAUCUUCCACAGGAGCUGAAGAUUAAGUUCCUAUCAGAAGCCAGGAUCCUCAAACAAUAUGACCACGCAAACAUUGUGAAGCUGAUAGGCGUUUGCACACAACGACAGCCUAUUUACAUUGUGAUGGAGCUAGUGUCAGGAGGGGACUUCUUGUCGUUUCUACGGAAGAAGAAGGAAGACCUGAAGACCAAACAGCUGGUGAAGUUUUCAUUAGAUGCUGCUGCAGGAAUGGCUUACCUCGAGCUCAAAAACUGCAUCCACAGGGAUCUGGCGGCUAGGAAUUGUCUGGUGGGAGAGAGCAACCUGCUGAAGAUCAGCGACUUUGGGAUGUCGAGACAAGAGGACGAUGGGAUCUACUCGUCGUCUGGCCUCAAACAGAUCCCCAUCAAGUGGACGGCUCCAGAGGCUUUGAAUUAUGGGAGAUACAGCUCGGAGAGUGAUGUGUGGAGUUUUGGCAUCCUCCUAUGGGAAACGUUUAGUCUAGGAGUGUGUCCUUACCCAGGGAUGACCAACCAGCAGGCCAGAGAGCAAGUGGAGAAAGAUUACAGAAUGUCCUGUCCAACAAAGUGCCCUGAGGAGAUUUACAAAGUCAUGCAGAAGUGCUGGGAGUACAAACCUGAAAAUCGGCCAAAGUUCGCCGAUCUUCAGAAAGAACUGGCCUCGAUCAAGAAGAAAUAGCAGCCUGGUAGGGGAAGGUGGACCAGGUCAUGUCAUCACAUCCAGGGGAUCACCCCCUUACAACCUGAGAGAAACACCACAGAACGUUACAGCCUUGAUGCUACUUGUCGUGAUUGUACUCACGAUGUAUACUUUGUCACAAAAUCACUGUGUUAUUUGCCUAGGCAACUGUUUUGAGCCAUUAUCAAGGAGAGAGAUCUCUGCUUAGCUUGGAUCAUUGUCAAAAUAUGACAGUAUUAGUUUUUUUAAACCUGGUGUUCCUUUAUUUCUGUUCCUUUCUCUUACUGAACCUCUGCAACUAAAGGUGUUUUGAGACAUAACCAUGCAAACAUGUGUACAAUAGAUACAAUUCAUCAUGCUCCAUUGCACUUCUGUCGUUUUGCUAUUGGUCAUCACUCGGGCAUAGCCACGAUAACGAGAAAUGUAACAAUUUCUAGUUUUUUUUUUAGGGCCCUGAGUUUGGUCCUGUUAAGGUUAGAUGAGUAAUAUGACUUGAAAAUGCAAAGCAGUCUGGUGCUCCGUGUAGCCGUGCAACGUCUAAAAAAGACUGUCUAGAUGCCCUCCGUAGCUCAUUUCAGUCUUCAGAGACAGAUGGAGUUUGAGAACCAGUUCCUACCCAAGGACGUAACAGUUUAUACCUAAGGGUAUAGUGUCUGUUUUUGUCUCGAGCUUGACUUUUUGACAUUCAGCAAGAAGUUUUUUCUUCUUCCUGUGAAGUCUUAUUGUGAUGUGACAGUUUGAUUUGAGAUCUGUGAAUCAUUUCUGUCCUAAGAUUUCGUAAAGUAUUCUCUUUUUGCCCACUAUUUAAUGUAGAAACCCUUUGAGUAAAACAUACAAGGAUAGGUGCAAUUUGUGACACCCUUUUCCUAUAAUUGUUUGGGCUUUGUAAUGUAGAAAUAUUGCAAUAAGGCCAUUUAUUUAGAAUUAAUAUAAUUUUACUUAGAAAUAUUAAAUGUUUCAGACCCUCCAGAAUGCUGACUAUUUUCUACGUUUUGGUCUCUGUUGUUACAAGCUCAAUACUCAUCAUUUGAGAAUUAGAAUGUACCAUAACUGUACUAUCUGACUUGAAAUGUGAAUUUAGCAUUUUGUGUCAAAAACAAUCCGCUUUUACAUAGCUACGAGAGUUUUAAGGAGCUCCAUUUUUCAUGUAUUCAUUUUUGUGGUAUUUUUUUACUUCCAUUUAAAAAAAAUAAAACUACUGUUCUAAAUCGUUGAUAGACAUGCAUUCAGCAAUGAACAGUGAACUUGUUUUCAUUAAGUAUACUUCGGGCCAGGAGUUGUAUCUGACCAUGCGACAUGACCAAGAGAGAACUCUGGGGCCUAGUCUAUACCUAUGGUCUACAGUUUUCCUGGCAAGGUAAUUCUCCGGUCCCUAAUAUAGUAUAUUCGCUAUUCCAGCCACUCCUGUAUGAUGUAAUUUCUCUGAGGGUGCCAUGUUGUUUCUAUGUCAACCAAGCUGCUUGCCAUUUGUGCUGAUAGCCCAAGCGUGUCUUCAAAAGCAUCUUCUGUGAAGUAACACGUCACAUCCAUCCAUCAGUUUCACUCCUAUUAGAAUGAUGGAACUCUUGUCUUUCAAAAAACAUUCCUCCUGUAUUUUGUAAAUACUUGUAGAUGCUAUAACUUUUAUUUUAUGCAAAUGUAGGUCACGUUUUGUGUGUUUCUCUAUUGGAAGUGUUUCUUCCAAUGAUUUAUUCGAUAAAGAAAACAUUUUCUAUGUUUUGCUUCUGAAUCUGCAUGAUUGUUUGUACAUUUUUAGUAUAUGUAUAAAAGAUUUUUGGAAAAAUCCUCUUUCCUAUCCAUUAUACAAUGUCUCCUGCUCAUCUAUCCUGUAUCCUCAUCUUACUGUGUCACAAAUUACACCCUAUUCCCUAUAUAGUGCACUUAUAUGCCAAAGGUAGUACAUUAUAUGGCGAAUAGGGUGUCAUUUGAGACACAGGCUUUGGUUCGUUGACAGGAGUAACAGUUAUUUUCUUCAUUUCUCCAGUCAAAUUACCUCCUGAUAUUUAAAGAAAUGUUUUGCAACCUAGUAAGAAAAAUGUGUAGAAUGAAUAGGCGAAGGGAGCUUACAUCUUAACUACUGGUUGAUGAGCACAAGAUAUUUCUGUUAAACACAUUUGAAAAGCAUACACCUUUUUCAGUAACUCUUAUUUAUUUGAAACACUUAAAUAGUAUGAGUAUUUUAUAUUAAUUUGUCUCCUGUUAGUGUAUUAAAAUAUUUGCCUUUUUUUUUAUUUUUUUUUAUAGAAUUUGUUCUAUGGUUAAAAUUGUUUUCUAUUUUUAUUCUUCUCAUGCAAAGUGACAAAGUCUAGAUUUCCCCAUGAGUAGUUAAAAAUCUGCUCUACAUUACUGGCCAAUACAUGAUACAGACCAUUAUUACACUUGUGUUGAAUGGAAUUGUCUUUGUCACUCAUUUGUUUUUGAGUGAAAGUGUAUUUAAGCUUCACAAUUCAAUGUGAAAGUAUUGUGCUGCAUUAACGUUAGCAUUCCGGUAUGUACUCCAAGACCAGCUUCACAGCUUUUAAAGGUGCAGUGCCUUCGAAAAGUAUUCAUACCCCUCGACUUUUGACAUUGUUACGUUACAGCCUUAUUGUUUAAUGGAUUAAAUAAAUCCUCUCAGCAAUCUACACACAAUAACCCAUAUUAACAAAGCAAAAACAGGUUUUUACAUUUUUUUUGCCAAUUAUAAAUAAACAACUUAUUUACAUAAGUAUUCAGAUCAUUUGUUAUAAGACUUGAAAUUGAGCUCAGGUGCAUCCUGUUUCCAUUGAUGAUCCUUGAUUAAUCUACAACUUGGAGUCCACUUGAGGUCAAUUCAAUUGAUUGGACGUGAUUUGGAAAGGCACACAACCAUAUAUAAGGUCCCACAGUUGACAGCAAAAACCAAGCCAUGAAGUCGAAGGAGUUGUCCGUAGAGCUCAGAGACAGGAUUGUUUCGAGGCACAGAUCUGGGGAAGGGUACCAAAAAUGUCUGCAGCAUUGAAGUUCCCAAAGAACACAGUGUCCUCCAUCAUUCUUAAAUGGGAGAAGUUUGGAACGACCACCACUCUUCCUAGAGCUGGCCGCCAGGACAUACUGAGAAAUCGGAGAAGGGCCUUGUUCAGGGAGGUGAUAAAGAACCCGAUGGUCACUCUGACAGAACUCUAGUGUUCCUCUGUGGAGAUGGGAGAACCUUCCAGAAGUACAACCAUCUCUGUAGCACUCCACAAAUCAAGCCUUCAUGGUAGUGGCCAGAUGAAAGCCAUUCCUCAGUAAAAAGCACAUUACAGCCCGCUUGGAGUUUGCCAAAAGGCACCUAAAAUAUUCUUAGACCAUGAGAAACACAAUUCUCUGGUCUGAUGAAACCAAGAUUGAACCUUUUGGCCUGAAUGCCAAAUGUCACGUCUGGAGGAUGCCUGGCACCAUCCCUACGGUGAAGCAUGAUGGUGGCAGUAUCAUGCUGUGGGGAUGUUUUUCAGCCGGCAGGGACUGGGAGACUAGUCAGGAUCGAGGGAAAGGUGAACGGAGCGAUCCUUGAUGAAAACCUGCUCCAGAGCACUCAGGACCUCAGACUGGGCCGUAGGUUCACCUUCCAACAGGACAACGACCCUAAGCACACAGCCAAGACAACGCAGGAGUGGCUUCAGAACAAGUCUCUGAAUGUCCUUGAGUGGCCCAGCCAGAGCCCGGUCUUUAACCUGAUCAAACAUCUCUCGAGAGACCUGAAAAUAGCUGUGCAGCGACGCUCCCCAUCCAACCUGACAGAGCUUGAAAAGAAUGGGAGAAACUCCCCAAAUACAGGUGUUCCAAGCUUGUCGCGACACCCAAGACUCAAGGCUGUAGUCGCUGCCAAAGGUGCUUCAACAAAGUUCUGAACACUUAUGUAAAGUUUAUAAAUUACCUGUUUUUGCCUUUGCCUUGUCAUUAUGGGGUAUUGUGUGUAGAUUGAUGAGGAUUCUUUUUUUACAUUUAAAAAGCUGUAAUGUAACAAAAUGUGGUUAAAGUCAAGGGGUCUGAAUACUUUCCAAAUGCACUAUGUGCAUUACUGAGCUUUUUUCCUAAAGCAUAUUGUUUUUUAAUGUGUGUGUCAGACUGUAAUUUAAAGAGCUGGGAUAUUUAUUGCCACAACAGACCUUAUUGAUUGCACUUUUGGCCAUGUUAAAGACACACAGACACAAUAGUACUGUUGUGUUUAGCCCAACAUGCUUCCCUAUGAAUAAAGACCAUAUCUAAAGUAACAAGUGAACAAUGCACUGGAUUUGAAUGAGUAUCACGUUAUAGUUAGCCCAUAUUAUGUAGUAAGAAUUACUGUAGCUAGUGUGGUUGUAUUUGAAAAAUGUCCUUAAAUGUGUUUGCUAUUACACACCUGUAUGCCCCUUGUUAGAUUUAGCUUUCACAAUCAUGUCCUGUCAUUGUUUAUACUGUGUACUUGCAAUAAAAAACAUUAUUGGCUCUUUGAA